AUGGCCUGUGUGGUUUCUGGGAAAGCCGCGGUUGCAAGAUAUGCAAAACUGCAAGUUGGAAAGCCAUUGGCCUUGAAGGAUCAGUCGCAGGAAAGCUUGUGGCUGCUUGCCAAGGACAAAAAACUGCGGGCGCUGCUCUUGAAACAGUUGCAAGAGCAUUGCUGCAGCUCAGAUGGCCAGAUCGCCCGUGAUCACAUGGCAGAGCAGCCAGCGAGUGUUUCGUUGGUGAGCAGCUGCGGGUUUGAAGUGGAAAGCGAGGCCUUUGAUGUUUGGCCCGCAGACCUGUAUGACGAGAAACGGCAUGGGCCUCCAGGACCACUGCGCUGGAUCGGCGGCAAGGAAUGUGUGGUCAAAACGGCAGUUGGACAGCUGGUGCCGUAUCUUGCAUAA